AUGUCUCAAGGACGCACAGACUGGGUUAGAGACAGGACCAAAGCGCCUGGAUAUCACUGUACCACGUGCUGGGUGGAACAUGUGCUCGUUGUGCGUACGCUAUACAUUGGCCUACUGUCCUACUCGAGCUACAGUCAGAUGACAGAAGACCUCAGCGUGGCUGGUGCUCUGCGGUUCGGCACCACUGAGAUCACAGAAGGCACAGGGUCCAGUUUACCUGCGCUUCCUUUCGUCUGCGGCGUGUAUCUGUCUCCCUCUGUUCGCCGGCACAUGGCUGACCAGUGCGUAAGGAGAGGGUACUGCGGCAGCCUAUCUCUACUCUACGGGCAGUCGGUUGUGAGUGGGGAGAAAGCGUCCCAGUGUCCUCGCACUGUGCCCAAAGCUCCUUUCAUAAUGAAUAGCAAGGUUUGGCGAGAGCGCGUUUGGCCCGAGUCCACGUGGCACCAAAAGACUGCAGCAUUCCUGAUGUCUGUGGCUAAUCUGAGGUGUCAGUCUGUGUUAAUGCUGCACGGACACAUUCGAGGGCACAUAGGAACUGGACGGACGGGCAACAUUCAAAUUUCAUCCACAACAUUCCUGCAGAGGUGGGCGUGCCGAGAGUGGGUCAGCUAA